AUGGAGGAUCCCAACUCGUCCGAUGGUGGGAUUCUGGAGAAUUAUGAUGGGGAGGAGGAUUUCCGGAGCUGUUGUGCGGAGGAGGAAGGUUGGAAGGAGUUGGAGGAACCCACCCCUGAUAGGUCCGGGGACAACCUCGAUGAGUUCUCCAUGAAGAUGUUCUUCAAGGGUGUGUCGGUUUGUGAUGCGGAGGACUCAACGUCAGGGAUCUCCGGAAUCGGGGUGGUGAUGGAGAGAGCACCCGGAUUGCCAACUCUUCAAGUCCAGAAGAGACUUGAUCUCUACGUUGAGCCAUCCGUGGCUGACCACCUCGCCUUGUUGGAUGGCCUGUUGGAGGCUCUGCGGGUUGGGGUGCGGCGGAUAUUUGCAUUUACAGACUCUGAAGUGGUUAAUAGCCAGGUUAGUCCGCCCGCUAUUUUUCUCUGUGGUUCCGUUUCUUUCAACUUUGAGUUGGGAAGUUAUGUUAUGAUCAUUUAUUUUGCUCCUUUGUCUUUCCCAACUGACUAUUGGAAUAUCUGUUUAUGAUUUUCCUUUUUGGUGGUUCGAUCUGGGUCAAGCUAUUUUCUUCCCAAAACUUGUUCAUUCAGAGUUCGUCAUGCUUACCUAAGUUUAAACUAAAAUUGUUGUUAUUCAUGUUGGAUCGUCGCUGCUUUGUAUACCCAUUUUGAUGGCUGGUAAAUAUUUCUUUUAGUUUGAAAAAAAUAAUUAUGCAUACCGUUCUUUACGAGAUAAAUUAUUUACUUCAUUUGAAUGCAUUUAUGAGAUUUUAAUAACUAUUAAUUGCAUUUGACAGGUUACUGAAAACGGAACGGUUGAAGAUCAUCUGCUGUUUGCCCUUGGCAAAAGAAUCAUGGAACAUGCUGAUAAAUUGGAAUUGUUUUCAUUGCACCUGGUCCCUAGUUCUGAACUUGAGAAACCAUUGCAGUUAGCACAAGAAGCAGUUGGGAUCUCUCAUUUAUUACCUGAUGAUGAUGGAUCAUUUGAAGGUUGUUCUAUAUGCCGCGAGAAGCAUUCCUCGCAAAUAUUAACAAUAAACUGUUCUCAUAAGUUCUGUUCUCCUUGUUUGAUCACAUAUGUUCAAGGAAAGCUACAAGAAUCGCAGGUUCCUGUAAGGUGUUCCCAUUCAGGCUGCCAGUACUACAUUUCAUCUGCUGAAUGCCAGUCUUUUCUUCCAAUUGAUUGCUAUGAGUCCUUUGAAAGAACACUAGUGGAAGCUGAAGCACAUAGACUGGAGAGGAUACGAUGUCCCUUCUUAAGUUGCUCUGCAUGGCUUGCUCCUACCCCUUUUUCUGUAGGGGAAAGCUCAUCAAGUUACUCCAACAGCAGCUGCAUUGAGUGCCCAGAGUGCAGGAGGUUAGUUUGCUUCGAUUGUGGAGUACCUUGGCAUAUAUCAAUGACAUGUGGAGAAUAUCAGAGCCUACCUCAAGAUGAGAGGGAUGAAGUGGACAUCACAAUGAGCGUCAUAACCCAAGAUAACAAUUGGAGAUGCUGUGAACAGUGCAGACGGAUUAUUGAACGCACACAAGGAUGCUAUCACAUGACCUGCUGGUAUGGCCACUUUGUUGAAUGAGAAGAUUUUCUACCUUGAGGAUUUUGAAAAUGAAGGAAUUUUUAGGUUUCUCUAGCACAUGAAGGGUUUCUGGUUUUCUACUCUAAUGAUUCAGCCAUUUCUUGCUGAUAAGAUGCCAUCGGACUGCAUUUUCAGAAAAAUAAAAUAAAAUCGGAGGAUAAAAUCCAACAAUGAAGCAUGAGAAAAAUCUUGCAUAGAAUAGAAGAAGAUUCAAAAGAGGAUGCAUGACUCUAGUUGAGAAGAGUUCACUUUCAUCUCACAGGCCUCUUUAUCCGACCCCUCUUUUUGCGUUGCUGUCGUCCUUCAUGUUAUGGAGGUUUCAUUUAUGACUAUUCAUAUCUCUAGCACAAUCUGAUUAGAUACUCCUGCAUUUAAUUUUUCUGAGAGAGAUAGUAAAGUGCGUUCUAGUUGUUCACCUGAUUGGCUUUUCUUUCUUAAUCUCAUGCACCCAGUGGGUCUAUCUUUUGCCAAUUUCCUGUUCCCACUGCAGAAUCCUCUUUCCAUUUUCUGUUGUUUUCUUUCUACCGUUUUUUUUUUCUGCUCCCGCUCCCUUUUGAUGCUUGUUGAAACUAUACUAAGCAGCAAGGCAAGGGUUCUUGAGGAGUAAGAACGAAAGAAAUAGAAGAGAUUUUCGCAUGUUUUUAGUCGUGCUGUUCCAUCAAGGAAUUGAUAUUCACAUUCCUAAACUCUUGUUCUUUUUCUCCAAAAAAUUGGAAAAAUCUCUUCAACCCCUAGUCCGUUCAUCAAAAUGGUAAUUUUCGUCAACAUGAUCAGUAUCACUCAAUGAAGACGUGGAAAAAAAAAAGAAGAGUUUUCAUGGAUAUUGAUUGAAUGAUUAAUUUUGAUAUUCUCUUUUUUUUAAUCUUUAUCACUAACAUUUAAUCGUUAGAUGCCUAAGACAGAAUAAUUAAGGCCCUCCCAUAGUUGAACAUUUUGAAAGCAUUACCAUGAAAACUGAGGGACAUAUGUGUGUAUAUAUAUUUUCAUUUAUUAACAUUAAAUUUUAUGUUAUGGUUCGAAAUUCAUGCAUCUCUUGCAUUUACUCGGUCCUACAAAAAAUUAUUUCACUUAAAAGCCUUCUGAUAUUCAUGAUGAACUGUAAAUCAUCUGUCCUUUUAGAAUGUCAGUUUUAUCAAUCGUCAUAAAACUGGUGAAAAAAUAGCUCACGGAUUUCGAUGAAUCUUUCUAGGCAUUCUUGUCAUCUCCCUCUCUCUCUCUCUCUCUCUCUCUCUCUCUCUCUCUCGCUCGGUCCUGUUCUCUUUGAUUCUUCACAAAUGGUUGACUUUCCAGGAAGGGAAGUAGCUGCCUAUUCUCUUCCAUAAGCAACCAUGUCUUAGUGUCUGGUUCAAGUUUACACCUGCGACCUUCAUUUGGUAACCCCGCCUGGAAGUGUUGGGUAUUUACCAUGAUAAAUGGCUUAGAUAAAUCAGAUUUCAUUGAUUGAAGAACCAUUUUUAUUGUUCAUCCAUGGAGCCGGAUUGGGCACUUCCCUCUGGCUAAUCAAACGACACCCUCCCCCCCCAUUGCAGUGUUCUGAAAGAUUUUAAGAGACAUCUUCAGUGGAUAUGAUAUAUACCUCGUCUCAUCACCUUACGAUAAGCUUUGGUUGCCUGAUCUCUGAGUUCCGCCAUAUCCAUUACUUCAGUUGAUCCUUUCCCAGAGAACACGAUCGGACCAAGAAUAUAUUUCAAAAACCUCGAAACCAGCCGGAGUUCUAACCCCUCCCUCUUCGAUUCAACAGCAUCCCAGAAAAGUAAACAAACAAGCAAAUAAUAUACAGUAAUUGGGAGAAAUAGAUGGAAACAAUAAAUUCAUUUGCUUUUACAUUUACAUGUAAAUUGUUUUGAUCUCUGCAGGUGUGGCCACGAGUUCUGCUACGCGUGCGGCGCCGAGUACCAGGGAGGGUUUCAAGCCUGCCGAUGCGACCCCUGGGAGGAAGAGUACGAGCCCUCCGGGGAAAUCUCGAGCGGAGAAACUGAGCUGUGGAGGUGGGAGCUGUUCGAUUCCUCGGGGACGAGCGCGUACACCGAGCAGGAGCGGUCGCAGCUAGCGCUCAUCCAGACGUUCCUCGCCGGAGGGCUGGGCGGCGAAGCGGGCGGCGGGAGGCAGUCGCCGCCGCGGUGCUCGGACGCGUACGGCGACACGAUGAAGGACCUCCACCACCUCCCGUGGCUGGAGAGGUUCGUCUCGGUGAUCAGCGACUGUUACCACGAGGACUGCGCCCAGUGA